AUGUCGUCUAUUUACCAAUUAUACGUGUUUGGGGAUCUGAACAACGACUUUGAUUCCAGCCUGAGAGCCCUGUGCAAAUCCCAAGGAAAUCCGCUCCUGGUAUCUUUUCUUGACCGAGCUGCUUUCGCCCUUCGUGCAGAGAUUGGUGCCCUUCCCCUGGCUCAGAGAAGUGUCUUCCCUUCGUUCACAACUUUGCCAGAGUUGCUGGCCAAACUACAAUCAGAUUCUGUGCCACAUCCUGCGCUCGAGACGGCCUUGGUUUGUGUCCUUCAGUUUGCAUCAUUCAUCAAAUAUAUCAGUCAGGCAGGACAGCUAUACCCUACAAAUGCGAAUGAACGGUUAACGGGCCUUUGUACUGGUCUUUUGACUGCGGUUACAGUCAGUUGCUGCCGCUCGUUGUCAGAGCUAAUCCCUCUAGCUGUCCACACUGUAAUUAUUGCAUUACAUACCGGCUUCUUGGUCAAUGCUGUACGCCUGCGGAUUGAGCUUUCGGGCAAUGCAUCCGACUCCUGGUCCAUGGUGAUUCCGGGAUUGAAGGAGGAUCCUGCGAUUGCAGUCCUCGAAAAGUUCAGUUCAGAAAUGGGCAUUCCAGUGGCAUCGCGGCCAUAUAUCAGCGCAUCUUCCCAUAGUGGAGUGACGCUCUCUGGGCCACCACAAACGUUGAGCCACCUCCUUGCUUCCGAUUAUCUUCCUACACGAACUAGCCUACAGACCCGUAUCCGCGGGCCCUACCACGCACCGCAUCUGUAUGAUGAGACAGAUGUAGAGGAUAUCCUGCAGACUGUUUCAAACGGGAGCUGGGGAACUUUAUGUAACCACAUUACAGUUCAGACCAGCUGUGCUUGCAAUGCAGCAGGUGAGGCGAACUUUGCUUCCCUCAUGCGUGUUGCGCUAAGGGAGAUCCUCCUUGAGCCACUCCGUAUCGAUAUGCUCUCUAACGGGGUGGCAUCGGAGAUUGCUGCCACCGGUACAGCAAAAUGCACUCUACUCCCAGUUGGAACAUUGGCGUCUAGUGCCUUCAUAACCGCUUUGAAGAAUGCCGGAACUAGCAAGGUGGACGUGGACAACUCAAUGAAGGGACUGAGCAUCCCUGAAAUCUCUAUAGCUUCAGACAGCGGGGUUUUCGGCCAGUCUAAACUCGCCAUUGUCGGAUAUUCAGGCCGGUUUCCAGAUGCAAACAGUAAUAAUGCCUUUUGGGAAUUGCUUUGUGAAGGCCGCGAUGUCGCUAGGGUCACUCCGAAACAGCGUUGGAACGUUGCAACACAUGUAGAUCCCACGUUGAAGAAGAAGAAUACCAGUGGUACACUUUACGGCUGCUGGCUCAAGGAUCCAGGGCAUUUCGACGCGAGAUUCUUCGGAAUGAGUCCUCGCGAGGCGCCACAGGUCGAUCCAGCCCAGCGACUGAGUCUCAUGACAGUGUAUGAAGCAAUGGAGAAUGCAGGAAUGGUUCCCGAUGCUACUCCCUCCACUCGGCGAGAUCGAGUCGGGGUGUUUGUGGGAUCAAUCAGCAACGACUGGGGUGAAACUAAUAGCUCUCAGGACAUAGAUACAUACUAUAUCCCUGGGUCCUGUCGUGCUUUCAUCCCCGGUCGGCAAAACUACUACUAUAAGUUCAGUGGUCCCAGCUAUAGCAUUGAUACAGCCUGUUCGUCGAGUCUGGCGGCCAUGCAUGUAGCCUGCAAUGCUAUUUGGCGGGGCGACAUUGACACGGCAAUUUGCGGUGGCACCAAUGUCAUGUCUAACCCAGAUAUCACUGCCGGACUUGACCGCGGAUAUUUCCUCUCGAGGACGGGAAACUGCAAGACAUUUGAUGAUGAUGCCGAUGGAUACUGCAGAGGAGAAGGUGUUGUCAGUAUGGUCGUUAAGCGACUCGAAGAUGCAAUCGCUGAUAACGAUCCCAUCUGUGCAUUGAUUCUGAACGCGUAUACAAACCAUUCUGCUGAAGCAGAAAGCAUCACUCGUCCCCAUGUCGGCGCACAGAAAGCAAUUUUUGAACGUGUUCUAACAUCAAGCGCCGUGGAUCCAUCUGCUGUCAGUUACAUUGAGAUGCAUGGAACCGGUACUCAAGCGGGAGAUGCUCGAGAAAUGGAGUCAGUCCUUUCAACCUUUGCAAACAAAACCACUCCGGGGGAAGGCCGAGAGACACCCAUUCACCUUGGGUCGGUCAAAGCCAAUGUAGGCCACGGAGAAUCUGUCUCAGGUAUCAUUGCUCUCACGAAAAUCCUAAUGAUGAUGGAGAAGAAUGAGAUCCCGCCACACUGCGGCAUAAAAACGAAGAUCAAUCACAAGUUCCCUCAGAACCUGGCCGAGAGAAAAGUAUUCAUUGCGGACAAGCCUACCCCAUGGCCACGGCCAGAAGGCCAAUCUCGUCUAGCGAUGGUUAACAACUUCUCUGCCGCUGGUGGAAACAGUUGUGUGCUUGUGGAAGACGCACCGAGAUCGACCAAGAAAGUCCCCGAGGACUUGCGUUCAACACAUAUCGUAGCAGUUUCAGCAAAGACGAAGACUGCUUUGCUUGCCAAUAUUAAGAGUCUAGUGUCCUAUAUUGAAAAGGAAGCUCCCUUCCUGCCUAGUCUAUCAUACACAACAACGGCCCGCCGAGUUCACCAUCCUCACCGGGCCACAGCCAUUGGAAAUAAUCUGGAUGAUAUCCUUGCACAGUUCAAGACUACUCUCAGUGCAUCUGCAGAGCCGGUGCGACCUAAGGCAACCUCGGUAGUAUUCGCAUUCACUGGACAAGGCUCACAGUACCCAGGAAUGGCACACGAAUUACUUCAGUUUAAGUCUUUCCGCGCAGAUAUUGAGCACUUCGAUCGAAUUGCACAGAGGCAAGGGUUCCCGUCCUUCCUCCCAGUCAUCAUGGCCACAACGGGUGAGAUUUCCGACUUUUCGCCCAUAGUGGUCCAGCUUGCCGCAACAUGCUCGCAGAUGGCACUAGCUAAGCUCUGGCGCUCAUGGGGAGCUGAGCCUGUUGCUGUGGUGGGACACAGUCUUGGUGAAUAUGCAGCCCUGAACGUUGCUGGAAUCUUGUCUGAUGUAGACACCAUUUAUUUGGUUGGCAAACGUGCUGAACUACUUCAGACUAAGUGUGUUCAAGGCACGCACGGUAUGAUCGCUGUGAGUGCCUCCCUAGAAGAAAUAGCCGCCCAUGUAGCAGGAAAUCAGAUUGAGUUCGCUUGUAUCAAUGCUCCGACAGAAAUUGUUCUCAGCGGAACCACUAUCGCCAUAGACGAAGCUGUUGAAGCACUCAGUCAAGCGGAAAUCAAAAAGAUGACCCGGUUGCGUGUUCCCUAUGCGUUCCAUUCAUCUCAGAUCGAUACUAUAAUGGACGAGUUUGAGGCAGCGGCUACCACUGUUCGAUUUGAAAAGCCCCAGGUACCUUUAAUGAGUCCCUUGCUUAGCCAAGUUAUCGAUACAGCGGGCAUUGUGGAUGCGAAAUACCUUGCUCGACAUGCUCGAGACACUGUAAACCUAUGUGGUGCGCUUCAGGCCGCGAAAGCAAUGAAACUGGUCUCUAACGCCAGUUCCUUCAUCGAGGUAGGCCCUCACCCAGUAAUAGUCGGCUUGCUGAAGUCCAAUCUGGGACCCGUGAUGGUCCUUCCCACACUGCAACGUAAGAUGGACGCCUGGAGGGUGUUGACCCGCAGCUUGUCAACUCUCUAUGAGUCUGGAUAUACCAUUCAGUGGGGUGAGUAUCACCAUGACUUCCAGCAGUCUCUUGGAGUUCUUCGCCUUCCAAACUACAAUUGGGAUCUUGAAAAUUACUGGAUACAGUAUGAGAACGACUGGUCCCUAUUCAAAGGAGAUGCCGCCUUUUUAACAGGGGCCAAACCUGCCUUGUCAACAACAUGCGUCCAUCGCAUUGUGGAAGAGAAGCACGGCAUUCAUGAAAUUGUCGUGGUUGGCGAGUCUAAUCUCCUACGUGAAGAUCUAGAUUCCUUCGUUCGCGGCCACAAAAUCAAUGGUGUAGCUCUUUGCACGCCAUCCGUCUACGCUGAGAUGGCUCUAGUGCUGGGUGAUUACAUCAGGAAAUCUGAACCCAAGUGGGCCAACUGCUUGGUCGAUGUGCAACAUAUGGACGUUCAAAAACCAUUGGCAGUUAAGACUGUGGUCGGGGAACCUCAGCCCCUUCGCUGCCGAGUUGCCUUUGAUACCGCAACGAGUAAGGCAGCUGUUCAGUUCUACAGCGUGACCCCAGAAGGCAAGACGUUGACUAAACACGCUGAAUGUUCUGUUAGCUUCCCUGUGGCCACGGAGGCGUUGGCUGAAACCCAGAAAUCCGCGGGAGACAUUUUGACCCGUAUGAUUAGUCUUCGACGCAGUAUCGCGGACAACGACCGUGUUCAGAAGAUGGCUGGCAGCACCGGCUAUCAGCUUGUUUCUUCGUUAGCGUCCUACGCCCCUGAGUACAAGGGUGUCACUGAGGUCGUCAUCGAUAGUAACACCUUCGAAGCGGUAGCUAAGAUAAAGUGCAAUAAAGCACCUACUACGGGUGUCUACAAAGUCAACCCUUACCUCAUUGAUAACUUCGGGCAGCCAGCUCUCUUCAUCAUGAACGCUAAUGAUCAAGUAGACCUGGACAAAGACGUUUUUGUCAACCACGGUUGGACGUCAUUGCAUUUCUAUAAAGAGGUCUCCCUCCAAAACGUCUACCAUUCCUAUGUUAAAAUGACAGGUCCCAAUGAAGAGGGAAUGUACAGUGGUGACAUGACAAUUUUUGACCUGGAGGGUGGCGAAGUUGUUGCCUGCUAUCGUGGCAUUAAAGCGCAAAAGGUUCCACGCCGCUUGAUGGACUAUAUUGUUCGCAUGAGAGACGACACGCGCGUCGAACCACCUGUGUCAACCAACAAAUCGGGACCUGCUGGAAUCGAAGCGCACAUCACAGAGCCUCUGGUAAUCAUAGCAGAAAGAAAUACCUCGUCCGUCAAUACUUCAUCCUGGCCUGCAGCUCUCAAGAUUAUUUCCGAGGAGAGCGGUGUCCCUGUAACCCAGUUGACCAAAGAAAAGACAUUCGCUGACUUGGGCGUGGACUCCCUACUUUCUCUCCUCUGUGCCAGCCGAUUCCGUGAGGAGCUGAGUCUACAUUGCGAGUCCAUGAUAUUUGAGCAGUAUCCUACUGUUGGAGAGCUCCAGGCUGAGUGGGAGACGGGCUCUUCCCUUGCAGAUCCAUCCGCAGUAACAGGACGUGAUGCAAUCCUCAACUCCAUGUUUUACGACGAGGGAGUGCAAGACGAUGUUUUUACUGCGAAAAAAUCUUCAGAGAAAGGUAGUGGCUACAGUUCCCAGACCGAUCCAACUGGAAAGUCUUCUCCAGCUACUGAAAUUGUAUCGUUGGAUCUCAAUCCCAGCACUAAAGUAAGCUCACUUCUCAUACAAGGAAACCCUACGUCGCCUGUCACCACAAAGACAUUGUUCCUUUUGCCAGACGGCUCUGGAUCGGCCUCAUCGUAUGGCUCACUGCCUACCGUGGACAAGUCAGUUGCCGUCGUGGCUCUCAACUGUCCAUACAUGAAAGAACCGUCAUCAUACCCACUGGGGAUCGACCAUGUCGCCGACUUGUAUAUUACUGAAAUCCAGCGCCGUCAACCACAUGGACCAUAUGUUCUCGGCGGCUGGUCCGUCGGCGGCAUAUUUGCCUAUCACUGCGCUCAACUUCUCGCCGCUCAAGGAGAAGUCGUCUCCGAUCUGUUCCUCCUAGACUGCCCUGUUCCUCAGGGUCUAGAUCACCUGCCCAGACGCUACUUUGAAUAUUGUGACGAGAUCGGACUUCUAGGCGUCGUUCAUUCUAGACAUGGUGAGCGCAGGGCUCCGCCCCCAUGGCUGAUCCCUCACUUCACAGCAUGUAUCAAUAGCCUACACGACUACUAUGCCUCUCCUUUUGUUCCUGCAUCGCGCGCACCUAAAACUCAUGUUAUCUGGGCUUGCAAUUCCAUUGACGCUGAUAUUGAGCAAAAAUUUGAACAUCGAGAUGACGACCCCAAGGGACUGAAAUUCUUGACUACUGCAAGGAAAGACUUCGGUCCUUGUGGGUGGGAAACCCUCUUGCCUGUGGCGAGAAUGAGUUUUUCCCGUGUCGAGGGAGCGAACCACUUUACUAUGAUGAAGGGGCCAGGCGCGGAGGCUUUGAGUCGUAUCAUCAAGAAUGCACUUGUAUAA